AUGCCGCCAGCUACGAAGAAGCCGACUGCCGCUACAAAGUCGCCGGCUGUCAAACCCCCCGCUAAGCUGGCGACCAAGGCGGCCGCAAAGCCAAGUGCUCUGACGGGCCAAUCAGCGGCCAAAUCCCCAGUUCCCGCAUCUGUCCAGAGGAAGAAGAAGGAUAACCUGGGCGCCGGCCUGCGAUUCUCAAAGGGAAAUGUCGAGGCCCAUCCAGCCGGGCCCCCGCGAUAUGGCGAGUUGACACAGGCCGAGAGGGCUUUCACAUUGGCCUCGACCUUCUUGUCUGGCGUGUUAGCUAUCAGUGCCUCGCAGUUCCUGGGGGCGCCCCUGAAACUCAUCGACCCUCAAUUCUACGAUGGCUACAUGGCCUAUACCAAAGAAUGCUUCGCCAUCCUCAUCACCUGCCUGACCCAAUGGUGGGCCCCAACGGUUGUCCGUGUAUCUGGCGACUCUACCAUGGUCGGCCAGCUCAUCAAGCGCAAAGAUGGCUCUCUGCAGUGCAAUUUCGCUGAUCGUAUGGUCCUCAUGGCAAAUCACCAACUCUACACUGACUGGCUAUACCUGUGGUGGAUCGCCUAUACGAACAACAUGCACGGCUUCAUCUACAUUAUCCUCAAGGAGUCGUUGAAGAACAUACCCAUCAUCGGGUGGGGCGCGCAGUUUUACAAUUUCAUCUUCUUGUCGAGGAAGUGGGAAGAGGACCAGAGGACGUUCAAGAAGCACCUUUCCAAACUGAACAAGAAGGGAGAUCCUAUGUGGCUCAUCAUCUUUCCAGAAGGCACCAACCUGUCUCCGACUACCCGUGAAAAGAGCAAGGCAUGGGCGCAAAAGAAUGGACUGCAAGACAUGAAGCACCAGUUGCUUCCCCGCAGCACGGGUCUCAAGUUCUGUCUCAACGAACUCAAAGACACGACUGAUUGGCUCUAUGACUGCACCAUCGCAUACGAAGGCAUACCACCAGGACAGUACGGACAGGACAUUUUUACGCUCCGUUCCUCCUUUUUCGAAGGCCGACCACCAAAAUCAGUAAACAUGCACUGGCGCCGCUUCCGCCUCGCAGACAUACCCUACGAGAAUACACAUGCGUUCGAAGUGUGGCUCAGAAACCGAUGGCGGGAAAAGGAUUACAUGCUCGAGUACUUUAGCCGCAACAAUCGUUUUCCGGCAGAGGACUUUUGGAAAGACCAUCUGGACAUGGAUGCCAGGAGCGAGAGUAGCCGGGGAAAUGGAAACAAGUCUAUUCGGAGCGUGCCCCGGCCGGCGGUCCAGAUUGAGACGGAGGUGAAGAGCGGCAACUGGAACGAAUUCGUCAAGAUCUUUGCUCCCAUAACGUCCAUCAUGAUGGCCUUGACCGUGGCAUAUGGUGCUUCACCCGACGAUCUACCCAUACCCGGCGGCAAAGAGUUCUUUGAGAAUCACAUGAAAGCACUCUUAGGCCAAGGCGGCGGCGACAUGAAGGGCCUACCCAGCCCUGAGCAACUAGAAAAGAUGAUCGAAGGCGCCGCCCAAAUGGGAGCACAGCAAGCCGCCGAUCCAAAAGACAUGCCCCAAGUCCAACGGCUGACGCAAGAAAACCUCGCCAAGUUGGUCAAAGAAACCGCAAUCUCAAGCGGUGCCGUAAUGCCCAACGGAAUGCCCAACGGCCUGAGCCGCCCCCAUUCAGCCAUACACGGCAUACCAACAAAAACCAUGCUGACCCCCAGCGCCGCCACACCCGCCCUCAGCAAGACACAAAGCGCAGUCAACAUGUCGACUGGAGCAAAGAAACACCCCCAGCCCGCAGCCCCGAAAUCCGGCACAGCCGCCCGCGCGCCCACCGGCCCAGCAAAAAAGCCUUCUCAACAGCAGCCACAAAAGCAACCAUCGCCACCAGCCCCGAGCGGACCCAUGAAAGAAGUAAUGACCGCCUCAGGCGUCAUGAUCAAAGUGCCCCAAGCCGACGUCGAACAAGCCAAGAAAACAGGCACUCUCACCAUGAAGAACGGCGUCAAAAUCAAGAUUGACAAGCAAGACAUUGAAGAUGCUCAGCGCAAAGAUAAAACCACUUCCCUCGUCACAGCCAGUGGCGUCCCCAUUAAAAUCACGCCUGCCGGCGGGGUGCAGGUGCCCAAGAAGAUUCCCCCGACUAAAGCCGUGAAUGGUGCUACUGCUGGUGCUACUGCGCAAAAGGGAAAGAAACCCGCGCCGAAAAAACUUUAA